CAAGAGUGACAGCAGCUGUUCGGGUCCUGGACGGGAGGUCCGAAUCCGGGUCGGCAGAUAAAGUGGAACCAGAACAGAGGAGUGGACCCGAGUACAGAACUAGUCCAGACCGGGACGGACCGAAUCUCGGCAGAAUCUCUGUUCUGUUGGUCGAGCUAAAUGGCUAGCAGAGACCAAGUGCUAACCGUUACCUAACAGGGAUCGAACCGCUCGGACCCAGAAUCCGGAUUCUUUCCUCAGGGUUUCGCCAGCUAGCAGAAGCUAAGAAGCUAGCUGCCAACUUACCGAGAGUUUGUCCGGAGACGGACUGCACUGACCCGGUUUGAUUCGAGGACAGAGAUCCAGCAUGUUGAUAGUAGUCAGACCUGGAAGCGGUGAUGCCGCGGCCCCCCGGAAAAAGCACCGCAGAAGAGGCAAGAAGCACCGGAGAGUCCAAGCUGAGGAGAACCGGUUUGAUGACCUCUGUGACCUUCAGACUCUCAAUGCUGAGAGCAACCUGCCUGCAACACUGCCACAGAAUCCCAAUCAGAAUGGCAAAUCACAGCCCCUAAAUGGUCCAAGCUCCUCCAUGCUGAUGCUUGGUGAAAUGGCACCUGAAGAUACCCAUAGCACCAUGCCCCCACCCCAAGAAAAACGACCAUAUGCCACAAUGUUAUCACCAGAACCUGCUGCCGUGUCCUGCCAAAGACCCACCUUUUCACCACCUCAGAAUGCCCUUCAAACCUCUCCUCCGCGUCAGAAAACCCUCCAAGUCUCUCCGCCUCCUCUAAAUGCUCCUUUACCAUCUCAGUCAUUUGGAAACACCUUACAAACUAAUGUGCUGCCUUCAGGGACUUACCAGAUUCUCAGGCAGUCUCUUCCAUCUGCCUCCCAAUUUCCUUCCCACUGUCCCACUCAGUCACCGCUAACUGUUUUCACAAAUUCCUCCCACUCUUUUCAUAGAUCUCCUCAAAAUAUUACUCAUAGUCUUUCUGAGAGCCAAAUAGAUUGUUUAUGUAAAGAGAAUAUUUCCUACAAUUCCUCCAUGUCACUGCCAACCGGAGACCAGAUUAUCGCCCACAGCGUCCCUAAAUCUCCUCCACUUUCAGAUACAAUUAUUACCCAGAAUUCUUCUUUGUCACCUCCAUCCGGAGACCAGAUUAUCGCCCCCAACAUCCCUAAAUCUCCUCCACUUUCAGAUACAAUUAUUACCCAGAAUUCUUCUUUGUCACCUCCAACCGGAGACCAGAUUAUCACCCCCAGCGUCCCUAAAUCUCCUCCACUUUCAGAUACAAUUAUUACCCAGAAAUCUUCUUUGUCACCUCCAUCCGGAGACCAGAUUAUCGCCCCCAGUGUCCCUAAAUCUCGUCCACUUUCAGAUACAAUUAUUACCCAGAAUUCUUCUUUGUCACCUCCAACCGGAGUCCACAUUACCGCCCCCAGUGUCCCUAAAUCUCGUCCACUUUCAGAUACAAUUAUUACCCAGAAUUCUUAUUUGUCACCUCCAUCCGGAGACCAGAUUAUCACCUACAGUGUCCCUAAAUCUCCUCCACUUUCAGAUACAAUUAUUACCCAGAAUUCUUAUUUGUCACAUCCAUCCGGAGACCAUAUUAUCACCUACAGUGUCCCUAAAUCUCCUCCACUUUCAGAUACAAUUAUUACCCAGAAUUCUUAUUUGUCACCUCCAUCCGGAGACCAGAUUAUCACCUACAGUGUCCCUAAAUCUCCUCCACUUUCAGAUACAAUUAUUACCCAGAAUUCUUAUUUGUCAUCUCCAUCCGGAGACCAGAUUAUCACCUACAGUGUCCCUAAAUCUCCUCCACUUUCAGAUACAAUUAUUACCCAGAAUUCUUAUUUGUCACCUCCAUCCGGAGACCAGAUUAUCACCUACAGUGUCCCUAAAUCUCCUCCACUUUCAGAUACAAUUAUUACCCAGACUUCUUAUUUGUCACCUCCAUCCGGAGACCAGAUUAUCACCUACAGUGUCCCUAAAUCUCCUCCACUUUCAGAUACAAUUAUUACCCAGACUUCUUAUUUGACACCUCCAUCCGGAGACCAGAUUAUCACCUACAGUGUCCCUAAAUCUCCUCCACUUUCAGAUACAAUUAUUACCCAGAAUUCUUAUUUGUCACCUCCAUCCGGAGACCAGAUUAUCACCUACAGUGUCCCUAAAUCUCCUCCACUUUCAGAUACAAUUAUUACCCAGAAUUCUUCUCAGUCACCAGUACCCUUUUCUCGGCAUCCUGCCAAACCUCAUCCCUCUCCUCCAUUAAGCCCCUCCCACGCUGACCCUUUUCCACUGACCUCCAUAACAUUCACCUCCAGUGCCUCCUCCCACCUCUACAGUCCGCUUUGUACCUCCUCUUUCCUCUGCUCCCCAGACUAUAUGGCCACACCCAUUGCUCCUCCCCUGCCACCAAUGCUGGCGCCUUCUGAUCCUCUAGUGAUCACACCCCCUCUGAAUUUGAGCCCGCCUCCUCCAGAGUUAACCCCACCCCCUGCACACCUAUUGGGCUCUGAUGAUGAGGAGCAGGAAGAUCCGUCAGAUUACUGUAAAGGUGGUUACUACCCAGUCAAGAUUGGAGAUCUGUUUAAUGGGAGGUAUCAUGUGGUCAGGAAGCUAGGCUGGGGACAUUUCUCGACAGUUUGGCUCUGCUGGGACCUGCAGAAGAAGCGUUUUGUGGCACUUAAGGUGGUGAAGAGCGCUCCACAUUACACUGAGACAGCUCUGGACGAGAUCAAGCUGCUGCGAUGUGUCAGGGACAGUGACCCCUCUGACCCCUACAGAGAAACCAUUGUCCAGCUCAUCGACGACUUCAAGAUCUCUGGAGUCAACGGAGUUCAUGUCUGUAUGGUUCUGGAGGUUUUAGGUCAUCAGCUGUUGAAGUGGAUCAUCAAAUCCAAUUACAUGGGACUUCCACUGGUCUGUGUCAAAGCCGUUAUCAGACAGGUCCUGCAGGGACUAGACUACCUCCACACCAAGUGUAAGAUCAUCCACACCGACAUCAAACCGGAGAACAUCCUAUUGGCUGUGGAUGAGGUUUACAUCAGGAGACUGGCGGCUGAGGCAACCGUCUGGCAACGAGCAGGAGCCCCACCCCCUUCCGGGUCAUCAGUUAGCACAGCUCCCAGGGAUCUGCAGGUUGGUAAACUGUCUAAAAACAAAAAGAAGAAGCUGAAGAGAAAAGCAAAGCGUCAGCAAAGACUCUUAGACGAGCGACUGGUUGAUAUUCAGAAGAUGGAGGAGGAAGAUGUCCAGUUACAUCCGGACGAAACAGACAACUACUGCUCCAUGGUUGUCAACGGUAACACUUUGUGCCCCACAGCCAAUAGCAAAGCGAGCUCAGAGUCCAGCUCAUCCUGGUUAGAUGAGAGGUGUAACAGCCACGCCCAGGGCCGCUUCUCCAGCCCUGCCUCAGGCCUGUCUGGACUUUCUGGCUCCGUAAUGUCGGCGACGUCAGAGUCGGCACUUUCAACACAGUCAGGAUACUCGAGCGGGCAAGACGUUUUCAGCGCGUCAUACUUCCUCCUCAGUCCACUGGACCCUCGUAACGCUGACAAGCUGCGAGUGAAAAUUGCUGAUCUGGGCAAUGCAUGCUGGGUGCACAAACAUUUCACAGAGGACAUUCAGACCCGACAGUACCGAGCUCUGGAGGUUCUGAUUGGAGCAGAGUACGGUCCACCCGCGGACAUCUGGAGCACCGCCUGCAUGGCGUUUGAGCUAGCGACAGGAGACUACCUGUUUGAGCCGCACUCAGGAGAAGACUACACCAGAGAUGAAGAUCACAUCGCGCAUAUCAUCGAGCUGCUGGGACCGAUUCCUUUACCCUUCGCCUUCUCUGGCAGGUACUCCAGAGAGUACUUCACCAGGAGAGGUGAUCUGCGUCACAUCUCCAGCCUGAAGCCGUGGGGUCUGUUCGAGGUCCUCCUGGAGAAGUACGAGUGGCCGUUGGAUCAGGCCGCGCAGUUCAGCGACUUCCUGUUAACCAUGUUGGAGCUGCAGCCAGAGCGACGUGCCACCGCUGCUCAGUGUCUGCAGCACCCCUGGCUGUGCACGGACACAUGAACACACACACACACACAGGUGGAGGGGUUUUAGAAGUCUGUCUCAUGUUUGAAAUGUCAUCGUUCCCAAAGUCGAGUUUGAAGAUUUACACAUAAAAUCCCAGCGAGCGCCGUCGACCUGCUCGCCCCCACAGGCGCUGCUGGCUGUGUACUUUUUGAACUGGUGGGGGGGUGGUGGUGGUGGGGGGUGUAAACUGGCAGCACUGUGAUUGGUCCAUUGUCUUCUGUGUGACAUCACGUUACCGCAGACUAGCUGAGUCCUGUCAGCGGCACCGGGAGCUCGUGUUUCCCGAUGCUGUGAUUUCAUUUGCACACAUCAGUCACCUGCCAACUGCCACUCCCGCUACAUCGCAGGUUUUCCCGCACAGGCUGACCUUUGACCUCUCAUCAGCAUCCACUGCUCUUGGAUCAGAGUGACCAGACUUUGGUUUUUGUGUUGUUUGUAUUAACUGAUGUUUUUAAUUUCCCACUUUAUGUUCUUAUCUCAUUUAUUUUUAAAGGGCAGUUUUUGAGUUUUGCCUUGAAAGUCAAUUUCUUUGAUCUUCUCUAUAAAUCUUUGUGUAAAUGUUUGGGGGGGGGGUGUGCGCGUUUUCCCUGUUUUUGUGGCACACUGACUUCUAAGACUCCUGAACCCGCCGCUGACUCAUUUCCGUCUCGCUGUUGAUCUGUGUUUGCUGAGUUGGGAUGCUCUGAAGUUCACAAACAUU